AUAUCACGUUCAAUGCCAAGCUGUUUAUGAUGAUAAGAACUGUGGACGUAAAACAAAAUGGAGAAAACAAAACGGUGUGAAAAUGGCUGAUUUGUGAUCUGACAGGUAGUUAAAGCAUUUCAUAUGGACCCUACUUCUGAUGUAGAUUGAUAGCAAACACUCACAGAUACAUGUGUUAAAUCUAUGAGAAAUAGUGAAACAACAUACAAAAUGUCUAAAUCAAUCUGUUUUCGAAACAUUCAAAAUACUAUUUGUGCAAUCAUCCUCCUGGCGAUUCAAUGGGAAUUAGUAAAUUCUUCAACAUGCACGAGGCCAGUUUUAGGCUUAAAUAUGUACAGUCUCAGCAUUAAUAAAACGACGUACGCCCAAGAUGAAAUGUACGACGUGGUGUGUAGCCCAGGGUACGGCUUGGAUGCUGGACUGUCGAUCACUGGGGCGUAUGAGGCAACAAUGACGUGUACGGCUGCAGGGACGUGGGAUAUUGGCGUUCCAGAGUGUUUCAAAUCAGAGGGCAGUUACCCAUGGUACGUGUUAUUCAUUGGUGUCCUUUGUGGGUUGUUAGUGAUCGUCUGUAUUCUACCCCGUAUUUGGUACUGCUGUUUCCCAUACAAAGUCCCCGAGGGUAAGCUCUAUGAAAAGGGGCGCCGGGCAGGUACACCGAUCGAUACAGAACGACAAGAGGCUUUCGAAUGGGGAAGAGACGAUUAUGACUCGGAAGCGAUCAAACAUUCGAAGAAGGGACUGGACUUUUGAUAUGAACAAGGAAAAAGACAAUUCGCUUCUUACAUAAGCGACAUCUCAGAAGAGAUUGAUUACAAUUUGACCAAAUAGCGAUAAACUGGAUUUCAUGUAUUUAAAUUCAAAGAUUGAUUUUGUUUUCGACUGGAUUACCUUUCAUUCCAUUAUCUUAAUGUUAUUUUGAAAUGAAUGUUUACUAAUAAUACUGUAUAAAUGGGCCGUUGUCAUGCCACAAUAAUCAUGUUAUGAUGAUAAUUAAAUUAUUAAUUAAUUAUUGUAUAUAAAACUAAAGAAAAUGUAUUAUCCAUACAGACCACAGAAGGGAUAAAACAUUUAAAAACAGAAA